AUGAAAGUUCUUCUUCUAAUAGCAAUUAGCUAUGUAGUUCAAUGUUGGUGGGAUGUAGGUCAUAUGAUGACUGCAUAAAUAGCAAAGAAUUACUUAAGAGAAAAUCGUCCAGACGUUUUAGCUUGGGCUGAUUCAUUAGUUUAAGAUUUAAACCCACUUACAGAUGGAAAAUCUAACACUUUUGCAGAAGCUGCUGUAUGGAUGGAUGACAUAAAAGAAACAGGAACUUCAUUUAUGAAUGAUUGGCACUAUACAGAUCGACCCAUAAAUCCAGAUGGUUUAUUAAUUAAAUUAGAUGAUCAAACUAGGAAUAUUAAUUCUAUUUAUGCAAUUAACCAAGCAGUUUCUGUACUCACUAACACCAAAACAGCUAGAAAUAGACAUACUAUGUUUAAAGCCUAGAUGCUUAGAGUAUUACUUCAUGUUAUUGGAGAUUUACAUUAACCAUUACAUGAUACUACAUUUUGGAAUGCAACUUAUCCUAAUGGAGAUUAAGGAGGAAAUUUCAUGAAAGUGCAAGUAAAUUUGAAAUUUAUAUUUUUAGUUAGAAAAUGGAACUUUAGUGAAUUUACAUUCCUUUUGGGAUGCAGGAGCAUUUGCAUUUAAUCCAAACAAUUCUUUUCUUGUAAGACCUUUAAGUUAAAGUGAUCAAGAAUAUUUAAAUUCAUGGUCAUUAGAUGUAAUUAAAAAGUAUUAAUAUACAAAAUACAGUAAUUUGGAUAUGAGGUAUUUUGUAUUUAUAAAUAUCUAAAUAGCAAUCCAACAGUUUGGACAUAUGUUGGAUAUAGAUAAGCAAUGCAAUUUGUAUAUCCAAUGAUUGCAACAUCAAAUAGCUACAAUAAGGAUUAUACUCUAUAAGCAUAAUAAUUCUGUGAAGAGAAUUUGGCUAUUGGAGGAUAUCGUUUAGCAUAGAAAUUAAUGGAUAUAUUUGAUCAGAUUAUUUUAAANCAAAUAAAUAAUACUAUUAUUUUAUUAUUAAUUUAUAUAAAGAGCAUUCUAUGA